AUGAGUCUUUAACCUAGAUUAAGUCCGAAGAACUACAAGAAGUACAGCAUUUUCAAUGAUACAAUCAAUAUAAGGACAUCUCGCAACACAAGCUUUGAUUAUGAAUUUUAGAAGAGAAGGAAUUCCAACAUUAGGUUCAAAAAUUCAGGCAGUGUUCUUAGAGGAUCCAAAGCAGGGGACUUUAUGGGCAACAUCACAAUUCAUUUCUAAUAUGUACAUAUCCAUUCCCAACCGUAGGGUUAAAAUGCAUUCAGAGAUAAGAAUUUGAUUGAAGCUAUUAAAUACUAUAACGAAUGCACAUUAAUAGAUUCUCUGCAUAUACCAAGUAGAUAUAUGUUGGGAGUUUGUUAUUUCUCCCAAAAUCAAUAUGAAAAAUGCAUUAAAGAACUCAAAUUUGUUAAAGAACAAUAGCCAAAUUACAAUAAGAAUGUUUUUAUCUUGCUUGCUCUUGGUUACAAAAAACUGAUGCAAUUAGAUUGGUCAAUUAAAACUGUAUUAAUUCUAUUGUCAUAAUAGUUAGAUGAAUGCUUGUAGUUUUAUCCUCAGUGCUAUGAUGCCUUGAUAUUCAAAGGCAAAUUGGAACUUAAGUUGAGGAGAUUCUAAGAUUGUGAGUCAACAUUGAGGUCAGCCAUAAAAAUUAAUUCAAAAAGAUAAACCGGAUAUCAUUAUCUUGGAGAUUGUUAGAGACUUCAGAAUAAUUUCGAUUAAGCAAUUAAAAAUUAUUAAAUAGCUUUAUAAUUUGACACAAGUGAUAAAUCUAAAUUGAACAUUCUCAAAAUGUCAACAUGUCUUUAUGAAAUGUCAAAUUAUCAAUAAGCUUUAUAGAUGAUUGAUUAGUAUUUAAGUCAAGAUGAAUAAUCAUCUGAAGCAAACAAAUUGAAGGGACAAAUAUUUUAAAGGCUUGGCUAAAAGUUAGAAAGUUAGUUAUAUUAUGAACAAGCCAUUUAAAACAAUAAUUCUAGAAUUGCAGUCUCUAAGGCCAUUAUAGAAAUUAGCAAAUUCAAAAUAGAAUCUAAGGAUUUUUAUUCCUUAUAUCAUACACUCCUGAGAGUUGAAUAUUUGGAUGUUGAUAAAUAAUAAUUACAACCCUACAUCCAAUUCUCUGAAGCAGUGGUCUAUUUAUUGAAAAAGAACUACGCUUAAGCAGAUGAGGCAUUCAAAAAUUUGCAACAAUUGGAUAUCCCACCUAUUAUUUAGGAGAUCUGUCCUUCCUAUGUAGGAUAUUUGAAUAUGAUGCUUAACAAUUUCGAGUAGGCUCUGAAGGACUUUAGACAGAAUAAAUCGUUACCUUACAAUUAAGUCAUAUGUGAAGGGAUUAUCAACUUCAAUUCAUUUGAUAUUGCUUAUUCCAAAUUUGAUUAGGCCUUAAGUUACAAUUAGGUUGAUCCCAAUAUGUAUAAGGCAAUCUUAUUAAUUAAAGAAGGAUUCAAAUCAGAGAAUUCUGACUAUAUCAAUGACUCAUUGUAAUGUUUAAGUAGAGCCCAACAAUACAAUCAGAAUAAUUCUUAAUUGAUGUAUCUAAAAUCAUUAACCUAUAUGUUGAUGGACAAUGUUGAAGAUGCAUACAAAGAAAUACUAACAACCAUAGAAAAGGCAGAUGAAAAUUUAGCCGAUCAUUAUUAUUUGAAGGGAUUACUUCUGGCUUAGAAUGGAGAUGUCUUAAAUGCAGUCCAGGACUUCUCAGUAUGUCUAGGAAUUGAUGAUUAAUAUCAAAAAGCCUAUUUAUAGAGAUCAAAAUGCUAUUCAUAUUUGGGAGAAAUUCAAUAGGCUUUUGAUGACAUGAACUGUUACAUCUAGUUUGUAGAUGACUUUUUGAGUGCUGGUAAUCUGUUAUACAAUAGUAAAAUGUAUGAAGAGGCAUAUAAAACAUAUAAAUAAGAAAUAAACCUAACGAUUUAACAUAGAUAGCAGAUGGCAGUUUGUCUCUUUUAGCUAGAAUAAUUUGAUGGAGAAGAACUUUAAGAGUUUAUCAGAGACAAAUAAUUUGAUCAAAAUAUGAUAUUGGCUUAUUAGCAAAUUAUUAAAUACGAAUAUGAUUCAGCCAUUUUAACACUACAAAAAAAGAUUGAUCCCUAAUCCUCCUUUUUGUUUAAUAAAUAAUAUCUACAUCUUUAUAAGGGCAUUUGCUAUUUGUAUUUAUAGAAAUAUCAAGAGGCAAUCCAAGAAUUUGAAAGGUGUAUUUAAUUGACUAAAUCAGAAACUCUCAUUUACAUAACAAAUUAUAAUAUUAUGUUUUGUUGGAUGAUGUUGAAGAAAUUUAAAUAUUCUCAUACUCAAUUAGAAUAACUAAUCAAACUAUCGGAACAGAAGCACGUAUUACUAACCAUUCGGAAUCUUUUGAUAGAUUAAACUGAAUUUACUUUGUCAGAAAAUCCAUUAGGAAUAGAAAUUAUGUUGGCAGAUACAAUAAAAUUAUAACCUUUUAUCUCAACAUAAUAUACUAUUUAUCCAUACUUUUCACUUCCAAUGGCAUAACCAAAAGACAUCUCUCCUUAGUUUGAUUUCAAAAUCAUCACAUCUUUAGAUGCUUAAUCAAUUGAAUGUAGACCUGAAGCUCCAUGGAUUAGAAGAAAUUAGACUGGAGUGUUAUUUACAGAUAAUUUGUAGUAAUGUGAAUUAAGUUAAACAGAGAAUAGCUCUCCAGAGAACUGA